CGGAUUUUAUUUUCUUCGAAGGCAUCCGGUAUUUUAGGUUUUAGAGAAUAACAUUAUACAAAUGAGCUUUUUAAUUAUACAGUAAAUUAGUAUCGUGUUCGGUAUUUGUCGAGCAGACCAGCUUAUUUGGAACUAUUCGUGUGCGUAUAUUCGCGCUGCGUUAUCUGUUCCAUUUUCGUCAGCAGGAAAGCUUUCCUGGUACGCGGAAAAUAUGGAUUCCAGCAGCAAGCACAACAAACGCUCUCCUCAAGAAAAUGCCAAUUUCAUAUCCAAACUUUUCUUCUUUUGGAUGCUUCCUUUCUUCAAAUUCGGCUACAAAAAUAACCUUAAACCUACAGAUAUAUACGAUAUUUUACAACCCGAUAAGGCUGAUUCACAUGUACCUAUACUCAAAGGAUUAUGGGAUAAAGAACUGGAAGCCAGAAAAGAGCAGAUUCCCAGUUUAAAGAAAGUAAUAUUCAAAACGUACGCUAAAGCGUACUCAUUAUCCGGUAUAAUAAUAUGUUUCCAAGUGGUCGUCGUAAAGUCUCUACAACCAGUUGUGCUGGCCGAGUAUAUCCGCUUCUUCGAUAAAACACAAAAAUACGACACUUUCGGGGAGUAUUCCGGAUGGAUAUUGGCCUCAGCUACAGUAUUAUUGGCCUUCCUCUUCGCUCUAACGUAUCAUCACGCCCAACUCGACAGCCAGAGAGUCGGGAUGAGAGUUCGAGUCGGUUUAUCUUCGCUAGUUUAUAGAAAAGUAUUAAAACUAUCCCAGGCGUCUUUAUCAAAAACUCCUCCAGGAAAAUUGGUGAACAUGCUAUCGAAUGAUUUACAGCGCAUAGACAUUUGUUCUCAGUAUUUGCAUUAUGUGUGGGUGAUGCCCCUUCAAGCUGCUGUUUGUUUUUAUAUUUUGUACCAGAACAUCGGCAUCGCCGCUCUAGCUGGAACAGUAGCUUUGAUGAUCGAAGGAAUACCGAUGCAAGGCUACUUAUCCAGAUUGCAAGGCCGAUUACGGUCGAAAAUAGCAGAGAAAACGGACUUGAGAGUAAAACUAAUGAACGAAAUCGUAUCCGGAAUCAAAGUAAUCAAAAUGUACGCUUGGGAAAAUUACUUUGCGAAAGUCGUCGAACAAUCCAGAUGCGAGGAAGUGAAAAAAAUCAGGCAAACGCAAAUGAUAAAAGGAUUCACCUUGGCCUUGAUUGUCAUCACCGAACGAUUCGGUCUGUAUUGUUCAGUAAUCUGCUACGUUCUAUUGGGAAACGUUCUGACGGCCGAGAAGGUUUUCGCCUGCGCGCAGCUGUUCAACUCCCUUCAACUGUACAUGUGCGCCUGCUAUCCGCUAGCCAUGGCCGGAUACGCCGAAGCCGUGGUGUCCGUGAAGAGAAUCGAAAAGUUCCUGCUGUUGGAAGAGAACCGGCCGAACUUCGAUUCGAUCGACGAGCCCGUCGACAAGACGGGCGAGAUCUUCGUGGAGAAAGCUUCGGGAAAAUGGUGCGGCUCGGUCGGCGACACCCUCAGCGAUGUGAGCUUCCAGUUGGGUCCGGGGAAACUUUGUUGCGUUGUGGGUACCGUUGGAAGUGGCAAAACAUCACUACUUCAAUUACUCCUCAAGGAAUUGCCGUUAAGCUGCGGAACUUUAGAAGUAAAUGGAACUGUUUCUUACGCAUCGCAGGAACCGUGGUUGUUCCUCUCCAGUGUUCGUGAUAAUAUAUUAUUUGGUCGACCUUACAUAAAAUCGAAGUAUAAGGAAGUGGUGCAUGUUUGCGCGCUAGAAACUGACUUCAGGCAAUUUCCUUUCGACGACAAAACUACGGUAGAAGAAAGAGGAGUAUCAUUGAGUGGAGGUCAAAGAGCUAGGAUAAAUUUAGCUAGGGCAGUGUACGCUGAAGCGGAUAUAUAUUUAUUGGACGAUCCCUUAUCGGCGGUGGAUACCAGAGUCGGAAAGCACUUGUUCGAGAAGUGCAUUAAGGGUUAUUUGAAGGAGAAAACGACGAUUUUGGUAACUCACCAGCUGCAAUUUCUGGAAGAGGCCGAUUUGAUUAUCAUCCUAGAAGAUGGAAAAAUUAAGAAGAUGGGAACGUACAAUGAACUUUCUAAAGAUUAUCUAAGCUCCUUGCAACCAGACGAAGAGGAAGAAACCCAGCAAAAACAGAAAGUUGUAGACAAACAUUUGGAGAAAAGAGAAAGUCUUGCUGUAUCUGAAAUUGGACCAGAAGAAAAUUUAGAGGAAAUAGCAUCCGGAUCAAUCCCCUACUCCGUUUACAUUCAAUACUUCGCCUACGGAACCACUUUGAUCGGAUUUAUCAUAAUGGUAUUUCUAUUCAUCCUGGCACAAUUGUCUUGUAACGCCGGAGAUUUAUGGCUGACAUAUUGGGUCAAUCACGAAUCCGAAAUUUUCAAUAAAGACGACGUCGACAACGUUCAAUUAUUAGGCAACAACACUUUUAACCAAACACUACACACUUAUAGUACACUGAAAGACGAAGAAGAAACCGACCUUCAGAACUUGUACAUGAUAAUCUAUUCAUCUUUCAUGGCCGCCGGUCUGAUAUUAACCCCAAUACGUUCGUUGAAUUUCACCCGGAUCGUUAUGAACUCCUGCAAGAAUCUCCAUCACAAAAUGUUCGGCAACGUCCUGGAAGCUCCUAUGAAGUUUUUCGAUACGAAUCCAUCAGGUAGAGUACUCAACAGAUUCUCCAACGAUAUGGGGAUAAUAGACGAGAUACUACCGAAAGCUUACAUGGAUUUUAUCCAAAUAUUUCUGGUAUUAAUAGGAAUUCUUAUGAUCGUAUUCAUAAAGGUACCAGCAAUGAUUGCUCCUGCUUUGGUAUUAACAGUUGCAUUCUAUUACCUGCGACUUAUGUAUUUGAAAACGUCUCAAAACGUUAAGAGAUUGGAAGGUGUCAAUCGAGCGCCCAUAUUCUCCCACUUAAUCGCCACCAUGGAUGGCAUGACGACCAUUAGAGCAUCGAGAGCUGAAGAAAUGAUCACUAAGGAGUUCGAUGCACUUCUUGAUCAACAUUCCGGCACUUGGUAUUUGUACAUCGCUUGUAACGAAAUUUUCGGUUGGAUUUUGGACUUCCUCAGCGUCGUUUUUAUCGCUUUUGUAGCGUAUCAAUUCCUUAUAUUCGAACCAUCUGAAGGAAUUACUGGUACGGUGGGAUUGACGCUAUCCCAAUGCCUCAUACUCACGGGAAUGUUACAAAUGGGAGUGAGACAAACCGCCGAAGUUACCAAUAACAUGGUGAGCGUCGAAAGGGUUUUGCAAUACACCAACAUAAAGAAGGAAACGGACGAUGAAGUUGAAGAUCAAAUAGUAUCGAAGGAUUUGGUGGAGACCUACAAGCCUAUUAACACUUAUUGGCCCGAGCAUGGAGAGAUAAAAUUCAAGAACGUUUAUUUGUUCUACGAUCCCACCAGUCAGCCUGUGUUGAAGAAUUUGAAUUUGGUAAUUAAGCCGGGGCAAAAGGUUGGAGUAGUUGGUAGAACAGGUGCAGGCAAGUCAUCAUUAAUAGCAGCGUUAUUCAGGUUAACGGAAAUCGAGGGCAGCAUCAUAAUCGAUGAUGUCGAUACCAAAUCGCUGAAAUUGAAGGAACUUAGGUCGAAAAUAUCGAUAAUUCCACAAGAACCGGUGCUGUUUUCGGCGACUGUGAGGUACAAUUUGGAUCCGUUCAGUUCGGUUAGCGAUGAUGUUUUAUGGCAAGCGUUGGAGAAUGUUGAACUUAAACAAUCGAUUACCAGCUUGGAUUCGGAAGUGUCAGAUAGCGGUUCUAACUUUAGUACUGGCCAAAGACAGUUACUUUGCCUAGCUAGAGCUGUAGUUAGAAACAACAAAAUACUCGUUUUAGAUGAAGCUACUGCCAACGUCGACCCUAGUACUGACGUUUUAAUCCAGAAAACCAUUCGUAAAAACUUCAAGACUUGCACUGUAAUUACCAUUGCACAUAGACUGAAUACGAUUAUGGAUUCUGACAAAGUGCUAGUAAUGGAUGGCGGCAAGGCCGUUGAAUUCGCUCAUCCGCAUUUGUUGCUGAAUAACUUCCAAGGAAGCUUUUCGAAGAUGUUGCGAGAAACCAGUCCAGCCAUGGAGGCGGCGUUAAAAAAAAUCGCCGAAGAGCACUACACUCAGACGUUUAUGUAGAAUAUAGUUUAAUUAUAGGAAUUUAUGAAUUAUCUACCUACUAUCUAAUAUAUGAAUUUGUUAUUUGUUUUUUAAUGAUGAUUGUUAUUAAAGCG